AUGGCUCCGAUGAAUCGUAUCUCCGAGUUGAAACCAUUUAAAUCCAUGUGGAAGAUUAAGGUCAAGAUCAUCCGUUUAUGGAACCAGUUUUCACCUGCGGGUGGUGAAACCAUUGAGCUGGUUUUCGUCGAUGCAUGGGGAGACAAAAUACAUGGAACCGUCAAGAAAGAUGAAGUUGCUCAAUUCAGAGAUGUGCUAAAGCAGGGUAAAACCAAACUUCUCAUCAACUUCACCGUGACUCAUUGCUCCGGUCCUUAUCGCACAACCAAACAUCUUUACAAGAUUGUGUUCCUUCCUACUACCCGUGUCCGUAUCUGUGAGGUCUUGCCUAAUAACUUGACUGGGUUGGUUCCGGUUAACUACCGUGACGUUUUGAAUGGUACCCUCAAUGAAGAUUUCUUGGUUGAUGUGAUUGGACAAAUUGUUGAGGUCUCUCAUCUCGAGGUUGUUUCAGUCAACGGGAAGGACAUCCAAAAAAUUGCUUUGGAGCUGCAAAAUAACGAAGACGACCGUCUACCCUUAGUUUUAUGGGGGAAGUUUGCGGAGGAUAUCAGUGAAGCUGUCCAACUGCGUUCUGUGAACAAAAUAGUCUGUGUUGUGAGGUUUGGAAAAAUCAAACAGUGGAAAGGAGUGCGAAGCAUCUCCAAUGCAUACAACAUCUCGGACGUCUCGCUAAAUCCACGUAUGGAUGAGCUAGAUGCCUUUUUUCAUCUGCUACCUAAAGGUGAUUUGAAAUUAACUAUGGUUGAUUCUAAACCUAGCCUUUCAUUGUCGAAUGAAGUGUCUGUGAAGGAUGACUUUUUUAUUCACACACCUAGGAAAACAAUAGCAGAAUUAUUUGAAUCGAAACAGGUGGAGAGGUGUAUUGUGAUGGCUACAAUUGCGGCUAUUGAUUCUGACAUGGGUUGGUAUUACCUGAGCUGCAAGGUGUGUGCAAAGAAGGUUCUAACAGUACCUUCUGACAACUAUGAUGAUGGAGAUGAUCACGAUGUUCUUGCACACAAUUACUAUUGUCCCAAAUGCAAGACUCACAGUCCCAAACUGUUGCCAAGGUACAAGCUACAUCUGGUGGUCUUUGACAAUACCCUAGACUGCAAGUUUAUCGUCUUUGACAAUCUUGCACUUCAACUGUUGCACCAGCCAUGUAUUGAGCUGACUGGUCCAGUGGCUGAUGAGAUUCAAGAUCCUGAUGUGUUGCCCCCCAUACUACACGAUCUGAAGGGAAAAACUUUCUUUUUUAAGAUUGGGAUUGAGAAAGAUAAUUUUGUUUACAAGCACGACACAUUUAAGGUCCUUAACAUUAUCACAAAUCCUGGUAUGAUAACUGAGUACGAAGCGACUCAGACUCCGACGGGAAGUGAAAACAUGGUGUGUGAACACAUGGUAAUUGGUGGAGUUUCAACUCAGUCUGAUGCACCCGACGGAUCGGUGAACGAUCAUGGUUAUUCGGAUUAUGCUAAUGGACCGAUACCAGGUAAGCGCAGCAGGCCACCAAUCGUCAAUUUGGAGAACGCUUUUGAUCAGUACUCUGUUACAAGAAUGGCGUGUUCCGUAAGGAUGAAGAAAGAAAAGAUCGAGAGAAGUGGCUAG